UCCGCUCGCAUCUCCUGUGGGCGGCACCAAGUCUCGAGGAGGGGAAAUUUGAGUAUUGAGAAACCUCUAAGGUCUUAGGAAUCUUGGCUUCCUCAGGGGGGGCCGUGAAGUCGAAAAGAAGCUUCCCUUUCUUCCUCUCCAUGCGCUCCUGCGGUCUGACGCGCUCUCUCUCCUGACGGACCUUCUCGGCUAUCUUUGCCAUCCGCAUUUUGCGCUUCAGUUUUUCCCGCUUCUUCCUGCGUCGGAGGUGCCGGUAAACGUGGAACUCCCCGCUGCCCGCACCGGCGCUGGAACCCAUCACCUCCCGGACGAACUCCGGAGUUUUGGCAAUUAUCAAAAGCUGCGACUCCUUUCCUCCAGGUUUCCUUGGCUUGUUAUUCUUCUGAGUGUGCGCCGCCAUCUUUCCAACCAUUCUCAAUGCUUCUGCCUUCCUCUCUUCUUCCCUCUGUAACCAGAGCUGCUCCUCUUUCUGCUCUUGCACCAAUCUCUGGUUCUCUGCCAGGAUCUCUGAUGCCUCAGUGGCAGAGCCAGCGCCCGUCGAGCCUCCAGCCAAUCUGCCGUCCUGCCUCCGGAGUCUCCGCUCCUCUUCCCGUGCAAACUGCUGCUCACCGGCUGCCUGAAGCUGCAGGAGUGACCUCAUCAUCUCCCUCAGUUCCUCCAUCACUCUCACCUCCUCACUUGGUCAAUCCCACUUCUGACACCAAUUGUGAAGCUGACAAUUGAGCGGCCCGACCAAGCAAGGAAGCAGAGGCAGAACGUCCAAAAAUACAACCCGCUCACUGCAGCGCUGGCAGCUCUGCCCCCCCCCCACACCUCCUCCUGCUGAUGCCCGCCCCCCCCAGCCCUUGCACUGAGGUUCACCCCUCCACAGAGAUAGCAUCAUGGUGGAUGUUACCAAAUGGCCCAUUUUCAGCAUGAUGGGGCCCCAGGAGCUCUCCUCGAUACGGAAAGCCUGCGUGUUUGGGACGUCUGCUAAUGAGGCCGUCUUCAUCACCAAAGAUGAUGAGGUGUAUGUGAUUGGGUUAAACUGCAGCAGCUGCCUGGGGACAGGAGACAGUCAGAGCUCCAUUGUUCCCAAGAAGCUGGACUUCCUGAGCGGGAAGAAGGUGGUCAGCGUGAGCUACGGCAGCGGACCCCACAUCCUGCUGGCCACAGAGGAUGGAGAGCUGUUCGCCUGGGGUCACAACGGCUACAGCCAGCUGGGGAACGGGACGACCAACCAAGGAGCCGCUCCGCUGCUCGUGUCGGCUAACCUGCUGAAUAAGAAGGUCACAGAGGUGGCCUGUGGCUCGCACCACUCCAUGGCCCUCACUGACUCAGGAGAAGUGUAUGCAUGGGGCUACAACAACUGUGGUCAGGUGGGUUCGGGCUCCACAGCGAACCAGCCGACCCCCCGCAGAGUGUCCAGCUGUCUGCAGAACAAAGUGGCCGUCAGCAUCGUGUGCGGGCAGACCUCGUCUCUGGCAGUGCUGGACAACGGAGAGGUCUACGGCUGGGGCUACAACGGGAACGGACAGCUGGGACUCGGGAACAGCGGGAACCAGCUGACCCCCUGCCGCCUCGCCGCGCUGCAGGGCUUAUGUGUGCAGCAGAUUGUCUCGGGCUACGCCCACUCUCUGGCCCUCACAGACGAGGGGCUGCUGUUCGCCUGGGGGGCCAACACCUACGGACAGCUGGGCACCGGAAACAAGAGCAACCAGCUGAGCCCGCUGCUCAUCAUGACGGAGAAGGAGAGGAUAGUGGAGGUCGCCGCCUGCCACUCCACACACACCUCAGCCUGUAAGACUCAGAGCGGCCAGGUGUACAUGUGGGGUCAGUGCAGGGGCCAGUCCAUCGUGCUGCCCCUCCUCACACACUUCACCUGCACCGACGAUGUGUUCGCCUGCUUCGCCACGCCCUCAGUCAUGUGGAAGCUUCUCUCUAUGGAGCACGAUGACUUCUUGACCGUGGCUCAGUCUCUGAAGAAAGAGUUUGACAACCCGGAGACAGCCGACCUCAAGUUCUGCGUUGACGGCAAACAUAUCUGCGUCCACAAAGCCAUCCUCAAAAUCAGGUGUGAACACUUCAGGACCAUGUUCCAGUCGCACUGGAACGAAGACAUGAAGGAGGUGAUAGAAAUCAAUCAGUUCUCCUAUCCGGUGUACCGCUCCUUCCUGGAGUUCCUCUACACCGACGCUGUGGAGCUGCCUCCGGAGGACGCUAUCGGGCUGCUGGAUUUGGCCACGUCGUACUGUGAGAACCGUCUGAAGCGCCUCUGUCAACACAUCAUAAAGAGAGGCAUCACCGUGGAGAACGCCUUCUCACUGCUGGCAGCUGCGGUGCGCUACGAUGCAGAGGACCUGGAGGAGUUCUGCUUUAAGUUCUGUGUGAACCACCUGACGGAGGUGACCCAGACCACCGCCUUCUUGCAGAUUAACGGCGACCUGCUCAAAGAUUUCAUUUGUCGAGCCAGCCGCUGUGGAGCCUUUAAAAACUGACCAAUCAUAGCUCAUUAUAGACUCGGAGGCGGAGGAUGCUGUGGAGACCCUGGGAGUGACUUCUAAUGGACUCUGUCACUCCUCUGACGGGUGGUUACACAAACUUUACAUAGGUUAUCAUCACUGUCAGAUUAUUCCUUUCAUUCCAGACAUGACCGGACAUCACACAGUGAAGUUACAGCAGUAUAUUGUGUCUGACUUCCUCUUACUUACACACAUUGUGUAAACACAGGGUUUAUUUGCAUUGCGAGACUUACUAUCGCUUGAUCAAGUUGUUUCAACUUGAAAUAUUCAUGCCAGUUGCCUGAUAUCACUUUACCUUAUUAUUGACCAAGUUACUUCUUUAGUGUUUGCACUUGUUUGAAUAUGAUUUUGUUUCUUUUUAUUAGAAGACUGCAUCAUAGCUUGGAUGUGCCAUCUUAUUUUGUGGUUUUCAGAAUUAAAUGUGGGGUAGGUAAUUUUGGAGAAACCAGCUCGAGUGCGCUAGAAUUUGAAAAUACACAGCCGGAAAAAAUCUGCCACUUCCUUACAGAGCCCUUCCUCCAACACACGAACGUGCACAUGACCAAUGAGGGCACGAGAUAAGUUUGUGCACAGAAGGAAGGCUGACAGGCAGGUAGGCCAUCCAGUUAUUUUAGCCGGGCGGCUAAAACGAUUGGUCGUGCUUUUUACAGUACUACGGCUUCCACAGAUGACAUUUGUUAUGGAUUUUUUGUCAAAGCACUUAAGAUAUUCAUUGCUAUCGGGAUGUUAAGAGCAUUCCAUGGAAUAUAACAAAAAGUGUAUCUCGAGCCGGUUUCUCAAACUUACCUACCCCACCUUUAAGUUUGAGGCUGUUUGCACUUUCAGAUGUCGGGACAGAGGAAGUGUUUUGAAGACUGGACACAGAUAAAUCAAUUCAAGGGAAAAUGUACCACCUUAACGUCUUUAAUGUCCCAAUUCAUUGAGGCAAUGAAUCCCUCAGUGUGAGCUAUAUUGACCCAGGAAGCUGAAUCCUCCAGAAAGCAGUUUAUUUUCUUAUACAACACACGUUUUGAUUAAAUUAAGAAACAUUUAGUUCUCCCUUACUUCCAACAACGUCACUUUAAAUAACUGCGCAGGGUUAAGAAACGGCAGACUUUUCAGAUUUUUAACUUAUCUUCUCUGUCAAAACAGUUCCCCAUUGUUUUAAUUAACCAACUUAACAAUUACCAAUGAUGCGACAUCCACAAAAAGGUGGCACAUUUUCUCUUUAAGUGUGUUUAGGUCAAACUCCAGAGAGAUCCUUAGUGCUGCUGGUUGAGGCAUGAUUUUGUUUUGGUUUUGAAGUGAGAUUUAUACUUAAACUGUUACAUGUGUGAAAUGACAGAUACCACAUCUUAGACAGUCUUAUUUUGUGCAGCUACAACUCCAUACCAUUCAAUAAAGCUUCUCUAUUUGGUCCAUGAUUAGCACACAGAAGAACAAUUCGUUUUCUCAAGAAGUAUGUUAACAUUUAAAAUCUGUUUACAGUGAGACACGAGGCCUUGCAGAAGCUUGAGUCGACUUGUCUUGGUGGAUGAAAACGUUUCUGUAUGUGAAAAGCACUAUUUUACAGUGUUAACACUAAGCUAAACGACAUGCUGUGCGAAUGUGAAAGAAAAAUGUUUGCUCAUUUCUAUGCAGGACAUUUUGUCUUCAAAAUCAGAAACUAUAAUUGAUACUGCGUAUUAUGAAAUGCCAUUAAAAUGUUGUGACCUUUUUCCAAA